AUGAUCCGCCACUACACAGUGCAGAGGUUAUUCGGAGGUGUCCGCGAGGACCAGGCAGCAGAGGAACAAAGGGUGAAAGAUAGAAAGAUGCCAGCAGGCUAUCAUCAGCAUUGUGACAAGUGUCACAGUGUUAACUGUCAAGUCCCGGUACAGAUACCCAUUUCAUGCAUGCUCAUUAAGUGUCGCAAAAACUGUGGCGCCGUCUUCCACAUGUGCAAGCAAGAGGAGCACCAGCUGCUUUGUUCUCAUGAGGUCGUCCCUUGUCUCAAUGCUGACUAUGGCUGCCCUCUAACGAUGCGGCGUCACAGACUGGCCAAACACCUGGACGUCUGUCCCGCCAGUGUGGUCUGCUGCUCUUGGGAGUGGAACCGUUGGCCCGCUCCUGAAACCGACGUCAACUUCUACAAAAAUAUUUCUGAAAACCUGCAGUUAAACGGGGAAGUAGACCUGGAUGUUGCUUUGGCUCUCAGGGAUCAAGACCUGCUCUUUCAAUCCAUCAAAAUGACGACUCUUUUUCCUGAGAUGAUGGAGGAGGAGCCUUCCCCUCACAAUAUUCCUGCUGGGGUAGACAGUCCAAUGAUGGAGCCACCCACUUCUUCAAAUUGUGGUCAGUUUACAAAUGGCUGUGCAGAGAUCGAGGACAAAGAACUGAGUCAAGAGGAAAUAGAUGCGUUGGUAAAAAACAAAGAUGUGGAAAGUAUUCAAAAUUACAGCUCCUGGGAAAAAAUAUUCGAGAAGGAGAUGAGUGGAUGCAAACAAACUGUCAAAAACAUGACGAAAGACGAAAAAGGAAAACAGGAAGAGCAAGAAGCAUCAAACAGUCAAGCGCAUCCAAGAGGUGCAAAUGGUGUUAGUAGGAGCGUGGAGGGUGCCACUGGCCUCGCGCCAUGGCAGGAUGGGGUCCUUGAAAGGUUGAGCAAAGAAGCUAACAUUGGAGACUACAAUAUGUACCUGCGGCACAACGGAGCAAUGCUGAUCAACUUUGGCCAGCUCGCUGCCUGCACACCCAGGGAAAAGGAUUUUGUCUAUGGAAACUUGGAGCCAAUUGAGGUUCAGACUGUCUGCACCUUCAAUGUUCCCACGAGCUAUCGAGCGAAGCGCAAUCACCUGAAGGACCCUUCGCGCAAGGCCGUGACCGCACACCGGAGUGUGGACACGGCAGAUUUGGGACUGUCGGUUGAGGAUCUCCUAGAUUCUGAAGAGAUCGGCUCAACACUGUUAUGCUCACUGGAAAAGGAAGUGAGAGGGCAUUCGAUCUCGGAGAGCAACCCGAUCGAUGGUCAUUAUGUGGAUGUAGGAACACAAACGUACAACUUUCCCUCUGCUCCAUUCAAAGCAGAUGCAUGCCUCGCUGACAUCACUGCGGGGAAACCUCGUGGCCUUCAUGUACAAGUUGAAGCCGAGUCUGUCACCAGAAGACAUAACAAAACAAGCUCAGCCUUCAGCUACAUGUGUGGCCACUUCUUCCGCCGUGAUGAGUACUGCUCUCACUUCAGGAAUGCACACUGUGACAUCCAGGCUUCUCUAAGUGGCUGGUUCCAGCAGCGCUGCCCCUUAGCAUACCAGGGCUGUACUUUCACCCAGAUGAGGUUUCACCCUGCAGGUCAAGAAGGGACAAUAAAAUUCUGCCGAGAUGUCAACGCCUUCGUGCUGCAGCCACAUGUCCCUUCAUCCCUCUGUGAAUGUGGGAAAAGCUACGAUGCGCUGAGCAGGUUGCCCCUGGAGAUCCUCCAGCAUAUAGCUGCUUACCUUGACAGUUUCACGCUGUCUCAGCUGUCCCAGGUGUCCCACCUGAUGAGAGAGGUGUGCGCAUCGCUGCUGCAGGACAGAGGAAUGGUCUCUCUGGAGUGGAAGAAAAAGGAAUAUUCUCAUGGGGGAAGUUCCUGGAAAUGUCAAAAAAAAGUUUGGACGUUCAGCCCUGCCUUUUCUCCUGUGGACCGCUGGAGCUUCAGUGACGCUCCUUCCAUGUCAGAUCACCUGAAAACCUGCUCGUUCUACCAGAAAGAGGGCGGCAGGGAGCCGGUGCCUUUGCCCUGCUUGGGGGAGAUCAGAGAAAAACACAGAAAAAAGUCGAGCACGGAUGAAUGAAGUCUCUGCAUGUGCUCUGUGCAGCUGCCACAUAAUUUAAUCACAUCAUAUACAGUACAGAGCAAAAGUUUGGACACGCUUCCCCAUUUGUUUGAAUGAGAAGGUGUGUCCAAACUUUUGGUCUGUACUGUAUAACUAAAAUGUUUCACACUGUCAUAAAAAAGUCACAAGAAUUUGAUUGUUUUUGUCCACAAAUCUAUUACUUCUCUUGUUAUUUGUAGUAAUGCAUCAAUAAAAAUAUGACCACCUUA